AUGGCCGAGUCAAUCACCGUCAAUUGUCUAUGGGAUUUCGUCGCUGGACGCUGCAUAUUCAUGAGCCGCUUUGUUCAGGCAGCUAAUUUGCAACAUCAACCGGAUAAUCUCGACGAGAUCAUGAAACCCCUGAUGAUCCUGGUGGCUCUGGCCGGAUUGGCCGUUUGCGCUCGGGCGGAUGUCUCGCACCUGUUUGGCGGAGGACACCAGCACGACCAUCAUGACCAUCAUCAUCACCACGAGCAUGAUCAUCAUGAGCACUACGAUGCCCACUCCUCGCACUCCUCGCACUCGUCUUUGGGUCACGACCAUCACGACCAUCACGACCUGCACAUCGAUCUGCACUUCCAGCCGGAGCCGCACCAUCACCACCAUCAUGUCCACGAGGCCAAGUUCGAUAUUCCCAGUGGAUACAACUAUGGGGCACCGGAGAAGCCGCGCCAGAAGUACCUGCCACCCAAGGUCUCCCUGCCACCGCCACCUCCUCCACCGCCAGUGGUACCAAAGGCAAGCUAUCUUCCUCCCCCGAAGCCGGAAGUAAAGUACCUGCCCCCUGAGCCCGUGGCUCCCAAGUAUCUGCCGCCCAAGGUUGCUCCCAGCUUGCCUCCACCACCACCUCCGCCAGUCCAGGCUCCCAAGCCCACCUAUUUGCCUCCCAGGCAGCCAGAGACAAAGUAUCUGCCUCCCUCCACGCCCGAGGUGAAGUAUCUGCCCCCAGCUCCUGCGGCCAGGUAUCUGCCACCUAAGGUGGCGCCCAGUCUGCCGCCACCACCUCCUCCGCCACCAGUGGCACCCAAGGGACUGUACCUGCCACCUGCCAAGCCGGUGGAGAAGUAUCUGCCUCCCUCAAAGCCCGUCGAGAAGUACCUGCCGCCUCCCAGGCCCGUGGAGAAGUAUCUGCCCCCCAAGCCGGAGCAACAGUAUUUGCCGCCAGCACAGCCCGAGGUGGAUUUCCACAUUCCCAUUCCAUCCUACGCCCUUCCCCUGGGUCCAGCACCAAGCUCGCUGCCCGUAGAGAGCCACGACGCCGAGCCAGGAUACCAUUACAAGCCACCACUGCGUCGCUUCCGGCACUAG